AUGGUGAGGCCGAUUGAACGCCUUACCUUGGCUGAGCCCAACUUGGCCAUUGGCAGGGGAGUUGUCCCGGAUGCAAGCCCAGGGGAAUUGGCCCACCAGCAAAACAAGUCCAGCAACAAGUCCGACUGUGGACGGAACCCACCCAAGCACUACGCCAAGCGCGCCAACGACAACGCCGCAAUGCUUGCGCUCGCGAACGGCCUCGAGUACCGGCCCGGGGCUGGGUGCGUCCGCCUGAUGUCUAUGCUUGCCCGGACCCUCGGUCACGACCGCGUACCCACGGACGUUCAUGCGACAGAGACCCAAACAACGGCGCAGCUGAAAGGCCAAUUUCCGGGAUCACCAAUCUGGUCGGCACACCUGUACAAGGACAACGAUGUGCAGGUCGACGAUGGGUCAUGGGGUGCUCGCGUUUCUGGGGGCAACUUUCGCCCCGACGAGGCGGCAUUGAUCGCGCAGUACAAGGUGUAUUACGGGUGCGGAGGGGAUGAGCAGUGCAGCGACAUUCGGUGCCCCUUCUGCUGGGAUGAGGAGGACACCUUGGACAAANAUGUGCAGGUCGACGAUGGGUCAUGGGGUGCUCGCGUUUCUGGGGGCAACUUUCGCCCCGACGAGGCGGCAUUGAUCGCGCAGUACAAGGUAGUGAGCUGUGGCCAGGGCCGGCUGAAGGGUGGCGACGUCAAGGCCGCCGCACGGCCUGGGCCGCCUGACGACUGGGCGUUGGGGCAGGGGAAGGCAGACGAUGUCGAGAUAUUCAACAAACCACCGCCGACGGGCGACCAUGGACCGCCACCAGCAGACCAACUCACCCUCAGCAAGAUCAUCUACUUCUUCCGUCAAAGAGGAAACAAGAACUCCUUGAGCGGUGAGCCACCACCAUUUACGUGGUGGGUACUCGCUUACGACUACGUCGGGGUCGGCCAUGGUAACGAGCGCGUGCCCGAUUCCAUCACCGGGCAUCCGACGUUGUCACUGCGGGAACGGGGCCGUCCUAAGGUUUACCCUGUACACGCCAUCAGACGCCAGGUACAAAUGUACCACCAAUGCCCGUAAGGCCAAGAUGGAGCAGAGGGGUCUCGGCUUUGCGGGGAAACGCAGGGGGCGGGCAGAGCCCGUGUCUGGCGGCACAAGUUCCGGCUCGCAUUACCGGGGUCCAGCAACGGCUACGACAAGUACCUCUUGAACGAGGUACACCACAGCAUCAACCAAGACACAUUUGUCUGAACGAUCGUGAAGUUCUUCGAGAAAAUACCAGCGAAGUUUUUCGAGGGCAGCGAUUCGGCACGGUCAACAACAAAUGCUGGUGUGGAGGCCUAACGAUGGCCGGCCUUCGGCUUAUAGGUGUAUAGGUGUGCGUCUGGAUGUGGUGUUCGCAGCUAGCUGCAAUGCCGGAGAUAGUUGGGUGGGGAGGCAGGGCGAAACCCUCACGCGUCGAUGCC